GUCGCAAAAUCAGAGGAAAACAAAACGAAAAACUCAAUUAAAAACAUUUUCCUAUCAAUUAAUAGCACAGAAUAUUCCCAAUUGAUUGCAUAAACACUCGCCUUUAUUUGUCGCUUAUAUUUACCGUAAAAACAAAUUAACUAUUUAUUUGAUUUUUAUGCAAAUGUUGUAAUUUUAAAGCUUAACUCUUUAAUCGAAAUAUAAGUUUAAAAAUAAUAAUAAUUGAUAAUUACUUACGAUUUGAUAGAAGAAAACGACAAUUUUUUACUUUUCUUUCACUUACCGUAAAAAUAGCUACGAUUACGAAGAGAUCGAUGCCAUCAGCAAAUACUUACUUCAGAGGACUAAACACAGGCCAACCAUUGGCAUCAUAUGUGGCUCAGGAUUGGGUGGUUUAGCGGAUCUAUUAUCCGAUAAGGAUGUGUUUGACUACCAGUCUAUACCUAACUUUCCCGUCAGCACAGUGGCCGGUCAUAGCGGGUGCCUUGUGUUUGGCGUAUUGAAAGGCGUUUGUCUGGUGUGUAUGAAAGGCCGGUUUCAUCCGUACGAGGGAUACCCUAUGGCCAAGUGUGCAAUGCCUGUCCGGGUAAUGAAACUGUUGGGAGUAAAGACACUGCUGGUGACGAACGCGGCGGGAGGUCUGAACAAGGGAUUCAAUGUGGGAGACAUUAUGAUCAUUAAGGAUCAGCUCAAUUUGGCCGCAUUUUCCGGCAACAGUCCCCUCCGGGGCCGCAACGAUGAGCGCUGGGGUCCGCGCUUUCCGCCGAUGAACAACGCCUACAACAAAGACCUCAUAAAAGUGGCCAAACAUUGCGCUCAGGGAUUGGGAUUAAAGCCCUUUUUGCGGGAAGGCGUGUAUGUGAUGACUGGCGGACCCACUUAUGAGACAAUCGCCGAAAUCAGAUUUCUGGUCAAUUAUGGCGAUGCCAUUGGCAUGAGUACAGCCCAUGAGGUGACGGUCGCCCAUCACUGCGGACUCAGAGUGUUUGGUCUCUCUUUGAUUACCAAUCAAUGCAUUUCCGAUUACGAGAGCAAAUCGGCGGCCAAUCACGAGGAAGUGCUCGAAGCGGCCAAAGGAAGAGCCAAAGACUUGGAGAUAUUCAUCGAAACAUUAGUCGAGAACUUUAAUAAAUACGAUCUCUUUCUCCAAAAGAGCGCUAAAAAGUCCGUCAAAUAAACGCAACUAUUAUUUAAUUGUCAUUUUGUGUGGCAUUUGAUUAUUGAUAUUACUAUUAAUAAACUGAAUGUUAAAAAUAAAAUA